CAUUGUGCCUAAUCGUAUUUUAUCAGUGCAAGAAAGGGAUUUUUUCACGAAUUACUUAUCGCGAAUGUGGGCGCCGCUUAAAACAGAUGACUUCUUGUAUAGAAUCAUAUAAUGGUCAACAAACUGCAUUGAUCGGUGCUUAAAGGGAAGAUUUUCUUCAUGAAACAAUUUCACAAUUCAACAAGAUAGUCGAUAUGGAUUGGAACAUUAAGUGGAAUUGGACGCAGUUUUGUUCCACGGGCCUGAAACCAUUUGCCAACGACACCAAAGAUCUGUUGCCAUGUUUUCAGGAAACUGUGCUCCAGCUCCCCGUCUACACCAUCUUUGCAGCUAUAUCCGCCUACAAUUUUGGCAGCCUCAGCAAUGGACUUCGAAUAGCACGAAAUAAAACCCAACUGCGAAUGCUAACGCUGCGUGCCCUGUUAAGCAUUGUGCUAUCCCUUCUUCCUGUAUGCAAGAUCUUUGUGUUUUAUCGAAUGGGGGUGCGGCUGUCGGCUGUAGAUGUGCUGGUAGUGUGUGCAGAGUGUAUUAUGUGGGCGGUCCAUUGUGGUUACUUACUUUCGGCCCGCCACUUUGGCAGUCUGUGCCAUCGGGGCACGUUGCUGCUGAAUGUUGUGUGGAUCACAGUGCUCGUUCUGGACGGGAUCUGGCUACGUACGAGUCGUCACUUUGACUGGUGGCCCUGGAGUCUUAUCACAUUGCUGUGUGACUUGCUCUAUGGCUUGACACUACUACCAAAGGGUAGCGCUGUGGUUGCGAGGUCAACAACAGGGAGCGGAACCGAACAGGAUCCGCUGCUGUCGCCCCAUCGUUACACUCAGUUCGAUUUCGAGCUAAGCGAGGCGCAUUUGGGUCACGCGCAAGACGAAGCCAAUUGGGCAUCGCGGUUCAUCUUCCAUUGGGUGCAUCCGUUAAUUGAGAAGGGCGUGGCAGGCAAGCUGCGGCGCAUCGAGGACCUGUUCGAUUUACCAGAUGCGUUAAACAUAAACCGCCUCAGCGAGAAAUUAAAUCUGGCAAUAAGUCAGUCUCACAGUUUGCUGCGGGCCCUUCACAAGUCCUUCGGCGUGGAGUUCUAUUUGAUUGGCGUGCUGCGUUUUGUGGCCGAUGUGAGCGGCUUUGCAGGCCCGCUGCUCCUGGGCGGCUUGUUGUCACAACAACCAGAGGGAGAGGAAGGCAGGGCCUACUACUAUGCCGUCGGACUGUUCUGCAGCACUUUAAUCUCCGCGCUCUGUUCCACACACUUUGACUGGCGCAUGGCCAUGAUCAACAUGAAAAUGCGGCUCGGAAUGGUCAGUGUUAUCUAUCGAAAGGCACUGGAGGCAAGGGGCUUACGCGAUGCGAGCCCAGAUAUACUGAACCUUAUGUCCACCGAUGCCGAUCGCAUUGUCCACUCGUGCAUCAGCUUCCACUUCUUCUGGAGUAUUCCCUUCAAGCUGUUUACAACACUCUAUCUUCUGUACACCCAAGUGGGCGCUGCGUUUAUAGCGGGCCUGCUAUUUGCCGCUAUGCUGAUUCCAAUUACUCGUUGGCUGGCGAAACGAAUUGGCAUUUAUACCACCGGUCUGAUGCAGGCGAAGGACGCGCGCCUCGCUGCAACCACAGAAACUAUGCAAGGCGCCAAACAGAUCAAGACAAAUGCCUGGGAGGACAUUUUCAUAUCGAAGAUACGCAGCCUGCGCUCGGAGGAGGUGAAGUUCAUUUCAAAGCGAAAGUAUUUGGAUGCCAUGUGCGUCUAUUUUUGGGCAACCACGCCAGUCCUUACGUGUUUGUUGACCUUUGGUGUAUCCGUUUUGAUGGGCCACCCGCUGGUGGCCUCGACAACCUACACCAGCGUGGCUCUCUUGAAUAUGUUGAUAGGCCCGCUGAACGCCUUUCCGUGGGUUCUGAAUGGCCUGGUCGAGGCUUGGGUCUCGCUGCGCCGCGUGCAGGAGCUCAUUAAUAUUCCCAAUCUGGACUUAUUAAGCUACUACAGUCCCAUAAUACGUGGCAGCAAUGAUAUUCAAGAAGGUGAGACGCUUCAGGACCCAAAGCCGAUCAUCUUGCAGCUGAAAGGUGCCAGCUUCGCUCAUUACGGCGAUAAACAGGACUCGAGAACUAGUCCCCUGUGCUUGAGGGACGUGAAUGUGAGCAUCAAGGCCGGCGAUCUAGUCUGCAUUGAGGGUCCUGUGGGAGCUGGCAAGAGCAGCUUUAUUUCGGCCAUUGUGGCCGGUCUACGAUGCAUGGAAGGCGAGGUUUGCGUCCAAAAUCUGCCCACAGGAUUCGGCUAUGUGCCACAGAGGACUUGGCUUCAACGCGGCACCAUACGUGACAACAUUGUCUGGGGGGCAAAUUUCGAUGAACAGUGGUAUAAAACAGUGCUACAUGCUUGCGCCCUUUACGAUGAUAUUGCGGCCUUGGGCGGUGAUUUGAUUGGCGUUGGUGAGAAUGGUCACACGCUUUCUGGCGGACAGAGGGCAAGAAUAUCAUUGGCACGCGCCGUUUACCAGGAUAAGAAGGUGUAUCUGUUGGACGAUGUGCUCUCCGCUUUGGAUGCGCACGUGGCUAAGCACAUCAUCAAGCAUUGUUUGCUGGGGGUGUUGAAGAAUAAGACACGGAUUGUGGUCACUCGAAGCACACAGCUCUUCUUCCAUGCUAACCAGAUUCUGAAUGUGCGCGAUGGCCAAUUAAGACCCAGCGACUAUAUGUCAGAGAGCAUCGACUUGAGUCUGGAGGCGGACGAUCUAGAGGAGCCGGACUCCGUGCGACGCCCAUCCGUGGAGCUGCCGCAACUGCAAAAUGAAGAGGACAAGCAAAGCCUGGACAGUCUGUUAUUGGAGGAAUCGCGCGAAUACGGCUAUCUGUCGGCCAGUGUGUUCAGUUGCUAUUGGCGGGCUGUGACCACACCGCUGGCACUCUCCGUUGUGCUCUUCGUACUACUUAUGCAAAUAUCGCGCAACUUGAGCGAUGCCUGGCUAGCUUACUGGGUGACCCAAUCCACGCUGGAUGGCAACAAGAACGACACGUCGCUGGCACACGAAGUGAUACCGGUUGGUGUGGGCAAUGGAAGCUUGCCCACACACACCACAGGCUACUAUCUGGGUAUAUUUGCUGGCAUAGCUGUGAGUAACUCGAUUCUGACGCUAGUGCGUGCCUUUCUGUUCGCGUACGCGGGCAUAAAAGCGGCAAUUUUGAUACACAACAAGCUCCUCAACAAUGUCAUGUUUGCAAAGUUCAGCUUCUUUGAUGUAACCUCGGUGGGCCGUAUACUGAAUCGUUUCUCCUCAGACACCGACACUGUCGACGACUCACUCCCCUUCAUUCUGAACAUUAUGCUCGCACAGCUAGUGGGUUUGAUUGGAGCUCUUUUUAUGAGCUUGUAUGCCAUGCCCUGGUUGGGCUUGGUGGUUAUUCCAAUGGUCCCCAUCUACCUCAAUCUACAGCAUCGUUACCGGCACGCCUCGCGCGACAUUAAACGGCUGUCAAGCAACGCGAUGUCCCCGCUCUACACGCACUUCACGGAAACUUUGCAGGGUUUAACGACCAUUCGGACAAUGCGGGCUAGUUCCCGAUUUCAACGCGAUUUCCAUGCCAAGCUGGAGGAGAGCAUAAAGGCCCAGUUGACGUCCUCGGCGGCUCAGCAGUGGCUGUCCCUUCGGCUGCAGAUGCUCGGUACGUUCUUGGUCGGCGGUGCUGCCCUCUUGGCAGCUAUCACAGCCUCGCACACCACAAAUCCUGGCCUAGUAGGUCUCUGCAUUUCGUACGCGCUUACCAUUACUGGCCAGUUGGGUGAUCUGCUCUACGCCGUGGCUGAAACGGAACAGGAGUUGGUAGCUGUGGAGCGUUUGGAUCAGUAUCUGCAGCUGGAGGGGGAACAGAACUCGAAUGGCAGCGCAGAUCCACCCUUUGGUUGGCCCACACAAGGCGUGCUUAGCUACAAGGAAGUGGAACUGGGCUAUCGGGAGCAUCUGGCGCCGGCUCUGCGGGACAUUAGUUUCGUGACGGAAGCCUUCGAACGGAUUGGAAUUGUGGGACGGACAGGAGCUGGUAAGAGUUCCGUGUUGGCGGCUUUGCUGCGCGUCGCACCACUCAGUCGUGGCGAGAUAAGGCUGGACAAUGUGAACCUAAAGACGGUGGCACUAAAUAUUUUACGCGAUCGUGUGGGUGUUAUCACCCAGGAGCCCUUCCUAUUCGAAGGCACGGUACGCGAAAAUCUCGAUCCACGACGAAUCUGUUACGACUCGGAAAUUUGGCAUGCUAUCAAGAAUUCGGCGGCCACCACUUUGUUGGUCCAACAAUUGGGCGGCCUCGAUGGGCACAUCGAGAAGUGCGGCAACAAUCUGUCCGCCGGUCAACGACAACUGCUCUGCCUGGGUCGGGCGUUGCUCAAAAACGCCAAAGUUCUUUGCAUUGAUGAGGGAACAUCCAACUUGGACGAUGAGUCCGAUCUGAGCAUGCAGCAGGCUCUGCGGAGCGCCUUCAAGAGCUGCACUCUGCUCUUCAUAGCGCAUCGACUUCGCGGUCUGCAGAACAUGGAUCGCAUCAUAGUUCUGGACAACGGUGUGAUUUGCGAGCAGGGAAAGCCACAAGAACUGGCCGAGAACACGGCCUCCAUUUUCCAUGGUAUGCUGAAAGCUCAGGGCAUCAGCCUCGAAGAAUUCUCCAAAGUCGGGCAUUAAACAAAGAGCGAUUCUGGUCUGAAUUCGAUUGACGAAUUGCACCCUUAAUCGGUGUAUAAUUUGUUGUUUGUUUUGUGCAUUUUAAAUGCUAUUAUAACAUAGCUUAGCUUAGUUAGUUCGUUAUUUAUUGUAAAUAAAAUUGUAAUAUACCAAAUAAAGAAAU